CAGCCAACUGCGUGCCCCCGGGGCCGGCAAGAAGCCACAUGCCCCCGCAAGGAAUGCCGGGCCUGGCGGGCGGGGGGCGGCGCUGGGCAGGGCCGGGCCGGGCAGGGCAGGGAGCUCCCCGCCGGGAAGGUUGGUGAGAGGGAGAGAGCGGCCCGCGCCCUCCCCGGCCCCCCGCGCCGCCCCUGCGCCCGGCCGCGGGACCUCACACUUUCCCCGCCGGACACGCGGGCGGGACGCCCCGCGGGGCUGCGGGAGCCGGGGGCGGGUGGGGAGGCGGCGGCCCCGGGGCCGGGGAGGGGCGACUCGGCCCGCCCCGGGCAGCCCCCGCCCCCCUCCGCGCGCCCCCCGGCCCCGCCGGCUCGGAGGAGGGGGCAGGCCGUCGUGUUUCCCCGCACCCCUCCCAACCGCCGCCGGCUUUGGGGCCCCGGUGGGGAGCAGGGGGCUGAUUAGCCGAGGAGCAGGGGUGUGGCCAGCGGGGCCCCGGGUAGUGAGUCACACACGCAGCUCGCCCAGUCCCGGGCCGCGAGCGCGGUCCCAGUCCGAGCCGCGCGCCGCCCUGGCCCGAAGAGUGUCCCCGGGCUUGGCAUGAGGAUCCCGGGGUGCCGAGGGAGGGGCUGAAGCCCGGCGCGGUGGUGGAGGAGGGCGGACAGAAUGACUGACAACAUGAAGGAGUGCCUGGCCCAGACCAAGGCGGCUGUGGGGGAUAUGGUGACCGUGGUGAAGACCGAGGUCUGCUCCCCACUCCGAGACCAGGAGUAUGGCCAGCCCUGCUCUAGGAGACCAGACCCCUCACCCAUGGAAGUGGAGCCCAAGAAACUGAAGGGGAAGCGUGAGCUCAUCAUGCCCAAAAGCUUCCAGCAAGUGGACUUCUGGUUCUGCGAGUCCUGCCAGGAGUACUUUGUGGAUGAGUGCCCGAACCACGGUCCCCCAGUGUUUGUGUCCGACACGCCAGUGCCCGUGGGCAUCCCAGACAGGGCUGCCCUCACCAUCCCGCAGGGCAUGGAGGUGGUCAAGGAAGCCAGUGGGGAGAAUGACGUGCGAUGCAUAAAUGAGGUCAUCCCCAAGGGCCACAUCUUCGGCCCCUAUGAGGGGCAGAUCUCCACCCAGGACAAAUCAGCUGGCUUCUUCUCCUGGCUGAUUGUGGACAAGAAUAACCGCUACAAGUCUAUAGAUGGGUCAGACGAGACUAAAGCCAACUGGAUGAGGUACGUGGUCAUCUCCCGGGAGGAGAGGGAGCAGAACCUGCUGGCCUUCCAGCACAGCGAGCGCAUCUACUUCCGAGCGUGCCGGGACAUCCGGCCUGGGGAACGGCUCCGGGUCUGGUACAGCGAGGACUACAUGAGGCGUCUACACAGCAUGUCCCAGGAAACCAUCCACCGCAAUCUGGCCAGAGGAGAGAAGAGGUUGCAGAGGGAGAAGUCUGAGCAGGCUCUGGAUAACCCAGAAGACCUGAGGGGUCCCAUUCAGCUCCCCGUGUUGAGACAGGGCAAAAGUCCGUACAAGCGUGGCUUUGACGAGGGGGAUGCACACCCCCAGGCCAAGAAGAAGAAGAUUGACCUCAUUUUCAAGGAUGUGUUGGAGGCUUCGCUGGAGUCUGCAAAGGCGGAAGCUCGUCAGUUGGCUUUGAGCACCUCGCUGGUCAUCAGGAAGGUCCCCAAGUACCAGGAUGAUGCCUACAGUCGGUGUGCAAUGAGCGUGUCCCAUGACGUGCAGAAUGUCAGCCGGACCUCAGGGGAAGGGGACUGGAAGAUCCCGCAGGGGGCUUCCAAGGAGCCAGGCCCAUUGGAGGAUGAAGAGGAGGAGCCUUCGUCCUUCAAGGCCGACAGUCCCGCAGAGGCCUCCCUUGCGUCCGACCCUCACGAGCUUCCCACCACCUCCUUUUGCCCUAACUGUAUCCGCCUAAAGAAGAAGGUUCGGGAACUCCAGGCCGAACUAGACAUGCUUAAGUCCGGGAAGCUUCCCGAGCCCCCCGUAUUGCCAACACAGGUACUGGAGCUCCCAGAGUUCUCGGACCCUGCAGCCUCGGAGAGCCUGGUCUCCGGCCCCGCCCUCAUGGAGGACGACGACCAGGAGGUCGAUUCUGCCGACGAGUCCGUGUCCAACGACAUGAUGACCGCCGCCGACGAGCCCUCCAAGCUGUCUUCCGCCAGCGGGCGCCGCAUCCGCCGCUUCAAGCAGGAGUGGCUGAAGAAGUUCUGGUUCCUGCGGUACUCCCCGACCCUCAACGAGAUGUGGUGCCACGUAUGCCGUCAGUACACCGUGCAGUCAUCCCGCACGUCGGCCUUCAUCAUAGGCUCCAAGCAGUUCAAGAUCCACACCAUCAAGCUGCACAGCCAGAGCAACCUGCACAAGAAGUGUCUGCAGCUGUACAAGCUGCGGAUGCACCCCGAGAAGACGGAGGAGAUGUGCCGCAACAUGACCCUGCUCUUCAACACCGCCUACCACCUGGCGCUCGAGGGCCGGCCCUACCUGGACUUCCGGCCACUGGCCGAGCUCCUGCGCAAGUGCGAGCUCAAGGUGGUGGACCAGUACAUGAACGAGGGCGACUGCCAGAUCCUCAUUCACCACAUCGCCCGCGCGCUGCGCGAGGACCUGGUGGAGCGCGUCCGCCAGUCGCCCUGCCUCAGCAUCAUCUUGGACGGGCAGAGCGACGACCUGCUGGCCGACACGGUGGCCGUCUACGUCCAGUACACCAGCAGCGACGGCCCCCCGGCCACCGAGUUCCUGUCCCUGCAGGAGCUGGGCUUCUCCAGCACCGAGAGCUACCUGCAGGCGCUCGACCGGGCCUUCUCGGCCCUGGGCAUCCGGCUACAGGACGAGAAGCCCACUGUGGGCCUGGGCAUCGACGGAGCCAACAUCACGGCUAGCCUGCGCGCCAGCAUGUUCAUGACCAUCCGCAAGACGCUGCCGUGGCUGCUGUGCCUGCCCUUCAUGGUGCACCGGCCCCACCUGGAGAUCCUGGACGCCAUCAGCGGCAAGGAGCUGCCCUGCCUGGAGGAGCUGGAGAACAACCUGAAGCAGUUGCUGAGUUUCUACCGGUACUCGCCGCGCCUCAUGGGCGAGCUGCGGUCCACGGCGUCCACCCUGUGCGAGGAGACGGAGUUCCUGGGGGACAUCCGCGCCGUGAGGUGGAUCAUCGGGGAGCAGAAUGUCCUCAACGCCCUCAUUAAAGACUACCUGGAGGUGGUGGCCCACCUCAAGGACGUCAGCAGCCAGACGCAGCGGGCGGACGCAUCGGCCAUUGCGCUGGCCCUGCUUCAGUUCCUCAUGGACUACCAGUCCGUCAAGCUCAUCUACUUCCUCCUCGACGUGAUCGCUGUGCUCUCACGCCUGGCCUAUGUCUUCCAGGGCGAGUACCUCCUGGUGUCGCAGGUGGACGACAAGAUCGAGGAGGCCAUCCAGGAGGUCAGCCGCCUGGCCGACUCCCCCGGGGAGUACCUGCAGGAGUUCGAGGAGAACUUCCGAGAGAGCUUCAACGGGAUCUCCAUGAAGAACCUCAGGGUGGCCGAAGCCAAGUUCCAGUCCGUCAGGGAGAAGAUCUGCCAGAAGACCCAGGUGAUCCUGGCUCAGAGGUUUGAUUCCCGCAGCCGGAUCUUCGUGAAGGCCUGCCAGGUGUUCGACCUGGCCGCCUGGCCCAGGAACAGCGAGGAGCUCCUGAGCUAUGGCAAGGAGGACAUGGUGCAGAUAUUCGAUCACCUGGAGGCCAUCCCGACCUUCUCCCGGGAUGUCUGCAGGGAGGGGCUGGACCCCCGGGGCAGCUUGCUGAUGGAGUGGCGGGAGCUCAAGGCGGAUUACUAUACCAAAAAUGGCUUCAAAGACCUGAUCGGCCACAUCUGCAAGUAUAAACAGCGCUUCCCGCUCUUGAACAAGAUCAUCCAGGUCCUCAAAGUCCUCCCCACAUCCACUGCCUGCUGCGAGAAAGGCCGCAACGCCCUGCAGCGAGUCCGCAAGAACCACCGCUCCCGCCUGACCCUGGAGCAGCUCAGCGACCUGCUGACCAUCGCUGUGAACGGCCCGCCGAUCGCAAACUUCGACGCCAAGCGAGCCCUGGACAGCUGGUUCGAGGAGAAAUCUGGCAACAGUUACGCACUGUCCGCCGAGGUCCUCAGCAGGAUGUCGGUGCUGGAGCAGAAGCCCGUGCUGCAGACCGUGGACCACGGGUCCGAGUUUUACCCGGACAUCUAGGGGGCCGGCGACCCAGAGUUCACUAAGCUGUUGAAUAUUUUUUUAAUCUAUACUCAUAAGCUUUGAUAUAUUAUAUAAAUAUAUAUAUUAUAUUAUAUAUAUAUAUAUAUAUAUAUAUAUACACACAUAUAUAUAUAUAUAUAAACCCACACUGAAAAUUUUUAAAAACCAAGGUGACGCAUCCACCAGAAGCCACUGGGAGCUUUCAGAAAGGAACGAUGUUGGAAACGGACUCUCCUCUACACGAUCUGGCAGCUGUAGCCUCCGUGGCCAUCCUUUUCCCUCACGGAAGCCCUUGCUGGGGCCACACGCGUUCCCACCUCCCAGCCAACCAACAGCCUGAAGCUUAAGGACUGGUCUCUGGCAUCCGGUCGAGGUGGUUUGUUGUACGUUUUUGCUUGGGGCUGGAGCGGUUUGGGUUUGGGUUUGGGUUUCUGUUCUUGCCUUCCCUUUUCUCAUUCGUUCUGCGACAGGGUGGUCGGCCCCUUUGUGGCCACGCUGGUGGAGCUGAAUCCCAUCUCUGAUUUGGGACGGGGUGGGUGGUGUAUCUGGAUCAGGGCUUGUGACUCUUUCCCUCUCCCCCUGAUUUCAGCUCAGCAGGUCUGUAUGCAUUUCCUGAGGAGUGUUCUUUCACUGUCUUAGAAACAAACAUGUCGGUCAAACUGUGACACCCACUACUUGCCCACCUCUGUAGCCUCUCCCAUCCCUGGGUUAUGGAUUCCCUCCUUCCAGAACCCCCGAUCCUAAAGAUCUUACCUGUCAUCCUGAAGGCAAAAUCGCCUUACCACCGAGCUUGAAAUCCUGGGAAAGGGACAAGGUGUGUGUGUCUAUGGGGAAGGGGAUUUUUUGCAUUCCUGUUCUUACGUAGUGUGGGGUAAAAUAAUUUAAUUCCAGUCAGAUCCAGGACUGGGGGGGAAAUGAAGAGCCAAGAAAUCCAGACCCUAACAGGGCAGGGAUUUGGGGCUAAAAAUAAGUAAAAUGAAAGGUAUGUAUUUCAUUUACAUGAAUUAUUUAUGCUCUGUCUUUAUAAUCACAGAAUGUGUCGGGGGUAUUUUUGUUGUUGUUCCUUUAAAAAUCAAAUUCCUGCUCUAGUUCAGUGGCAGGAGAUGUCAAUGCAAGUUGUGCCCUGGGUUAUGCGUGACCCAAAGGAGGGUCUCUAGAGCUCGAGGCCUUCUUUGGUGACAAGGCUGGUAAUGAACCCUUGGACCUGGCAGAAGGCAGUGGGAAAACAGGCAUUGCACCCACGCCGGGGAAGGCUUCCUUCAUUUGAACAGGGUAGAGAUGUCCUAAAGGAAAAGGAAUAAGCAAGAGGUCAGACAGGACUCUCAAGGCAUCAGCCUAUACACACAUACACACACACACACACACACACAUAUGCGUGAGCACACACGCACACACACCCACACACACACACAACCAUGAUAUAAGCUUUAGAAAUAGCCACUUGCCUACUCCCUGGGGCAAGCAGCGGUUUAAGCUAGAGGAGUGUGAUCAAUGCUCUUUUGUUCAUUUAACUACCAGUAUACCUCGCAAGGGAGUUCUUUAAAAAAAAAAAAAUGUGCGUGAGCUGUUAAAAACUUCUGUUCAUGUUUCCACGUCUGAUUUAUGCAUAUUGGGUAUGCAGAGAUCUUGUAUUGUGGAUACAGGUCCUGUGUGGGGGAGGGAGGAAGAGCUGCGUCGUCUAUGGUCAGUUCUACAGGGACCCGCCCGUCUCUCAUGGCAGAGGGCGGGUGAAGGACAGUGUGAUCUGGCCACAAGCAAAGCCCCCGUGUCCCCAACCUGCCUGGCUCAAACAUGAAACUGUGGUGGCUUCCUUCCUUCUGGGUUUAUCUCGUUUCCGAGGCCUCAUACCACUGUCGAGAACCAUAGUGGAAAUGUCAUCAACACUGAACAUGUCACUCCCCCUUCCUUGUCCUGCCCAGUCCCCUCACCCCCCACACGUCCCCUCCCUCACCCCUAUGGUCUUGGUGCUAAGAUAACUUUAGAAUCAUUGCUGCUAGUCGAUAGCUUUUCAUUAUAUAAAUAUAUUAUAUAUAUAUAUAUUAUAUAUUAUUUUUGAAACUUUUUUGUUCAUUUUCAACAGUGAUGUAGCAUGUUAAAAAAACAAGAAACAAAAAAAAAAAAACUGGUUUUCUCCGACUGUCCCACUGCCAGGCCUCAUAUGCUGCCUUCUUCAACAAAUCAAUGCACCCCUGCCUGGUGACAUUCACCCCCCCCCCCGCCAGCCUCCUCCCUGGUCCCACAUUCUUCCCUACUGUCCUCUGAACAAGGAGAGAGCAGGAAUUAGAAAGGAAAUGCCCAGAGCUCUUUCUGAGGCUUUGGAAUUCCCAGCCUUGUACUGUGUCACUAGUUUAAGCUGAUGAGCCUCCCCCCACUCAACUAAACUCCCCCCACCGCCUGCUUUUCCCCAUCCGGGUCAGUAAUUGUGGUCACAUGGAUACUGUUGCAAAGCACAAGGUUUCACCUGUCCCUCUUCGACAUCCUCUCCACCACACACACAAACUGUCCCGUCCGUGGGAGCUUUCUUUGAACAUCACACAGAGUAACUAAGCUGGGUUGAGGGCAGAGAUGGCUGGCAAGGGGGCCUUGGUGGGGGCCAGAAACAGUAGGUUGGGAUCCUUUCUUCUAGCCACCAGAUGCCUUACACCUUCUCCUUUCUUCUGCCUCCCUCCACCUCCAACACUGAGAGCUAUCCCCCUGGGUCAAUCAUUUAUGUCUCCCUGAGCACUAGUCAGGGCUCUGGCUGUUUUAAGAGGGCCAUGGCCAAAAUGACCUCAAAUUUUUAUCUGGGGCGGGGGACAAAAUCCUUUGGGCCUAUGCCAGCAACUACCCCGUGUUUCCUGAGAGAGCUGGGAGCUGGUAAGCUGCCUCGGGGCUAGAAGCUAGAAGCUGCUGGCAGCGCUGGACAGCAAGUGUCCAUGCAUCAGGUCUUGAAGUUUGGCAAGGUGCUCUAAAACUCGGGGAGCUCAGGACUUAUGUUGCAUCCAGCCAGGCCUGGGCUGUGUCAGGCACUCUGAAGGUCACUUUGCCUUGGGACUGGGAGUAACCGGGGAACAAAUUGGGUGACAUACCACUGCAAUUCACACAGGGACUUUUUCAACCUGAUGCUCCCAGGAGGCUCAGUGCUGCCAUCCCAUGAAUGCUGCCUGUGAUUUCUAGCCUAGGCGUUUCCACUCUUCUGCCUCCUUGGGAAAGACUCCCAGGCUAUUGAGACCCACGGGGUCUAGCCUCAGGAACCAAAUGCUUACCUAGCCUAAUCUCCCUUUGAUAGGCGUAAAAAGCUGUGGCCAGCUGGUCCUGGCAUCUCGAAUGUGGUCACUUCAGAUGCGAUUGAGCCCUGCAGCUCAGCUCCUGGCUUCGAAGGACAUGUUUGUCUCUGGGGCUGAGACUUGUCCAAGUGGGGCUGGCUGACUGGUGACUUUCUUUGGCUCAUAGAGGUGGGUGAGAAGCGAGUUCAGGGUCACGGCCAUUUAUGUCAAGCAGAUACACUGCAGAGCCCCCAAGCCCUCGUGAUGAAGAUGGUUUGCUUCCCCUCUGUGGAGGAAAGAGAUACCCAGAGCCAUCCAGUAUCUGUAAACCCUGAGGACAGCCGAACCCUGUCUACAACUCUUACCACAUGGAAUGCCCAUGUUUUGCCUGCCUGGUUGAAGGUAAGAGUCCAGGCAUCCAAAACACUUGCUUUUUCUGUUUCUUUUUUUCACAUCCUGUAAUGCAGGGCAGAUCCUUACUUUCUCAUCCUCUCUGGAGAAUGAGAGCAGGCUCAAGCUCCAGGGUGUCUGCAUGGCCGGCCUGGGUGCUGGGCCCUGAGUCUAGGGCAUUCGGGGGUCUCACUCCAGCCCCCGCUGUAUGUUUCCAUGUUGAGUCGUCUUGCUGAGCCCCCUCUCCUUGACCUGCUUGUGUCAACCCUGUCAUUUGGAGGAAGAAGCUUAUAAUUAUUUAAAGUUGUGUUUAAAUAUUUUCCCUAUGUUUGGACAUGAUACCAAGAAGGAGAAAAGAGGGAAAAAGCAUGUUGGAUGCCGAAAAUGAUCGUGGUGACACGGGAAUGGACUACAGGCUUGGCCCAGGCAGGUGUAGGGUUCCUGGUCACCUGGAGCCCUAAGGGGUCCAGGAGGCAGCCUGGGAGUUGAAGUAGAACAUGUAGAUUCCUUCACCUGCCUUCCCCCCCACCCCUUCCAGGAAGAGGAUUCUGCAUCUGGAUCUGGUUUUGGCACGUGGUCUGGGUUAAUUUCCGAGUAGAACUGGUGCCGUAUCUAAGGCCCCACACCCAGUCUGUGAUGAGGGCUCCAGUGACACUGGACCUCACGCCCCUUGGCCCCUUCAGGUGGCUGCCCUAGCUUGGCCAGCCUGAGGUAGCUGUGGGCAGGGAGGCCAGGCCUCCUUAGGUGGGCGUGGCAUGUUUGGAAGGCAGGUAACCUUGGGACGGUCCCAUUCCAGACACCAGCCUCCUGGGGGAGGUGGUGCUGGGUCAUGGGUUGUGGUCUGGUUUCUUCCUCACGUCCUGAGGAGGGAGGAUUUUGUCCAGAGACACACAGGGCCCUUCUUCUGCUUGGAGGGAGACCCCUCUCUUGCUCUCUGUUCACAGGGUCCUUUAGCUGAGUGGAUGGAGCUGUGAUAUUUUUAAGGAGCCUCUGAGGUGAUCCUUGUGCGUUAGCCAGAGGGAGAAAAAGUGCCCUUUGGGGAGGAAAAUGGUACGGCCCUUCUCUUCCAUCUGGCUUUCCCUCCCCCCACCCCCAAUCCCCCAAAGUGGUGUUUUCUGCAAAUACCUAUGCAAUCCAGUCUCCCUAGGAGCGUGAGCGCAUGGAAGCAGGGGGUGUGUGCAGUGUGUAAUACAAAUAUUACAGCAUAUAUAUUGUAUAUACGGACGUAUACAGUACGGAUACACGCGAGUAAGAGAUUAAAUCACGUCUAUAUAUCUAUAAAUAAUAUCCUAUAUAUUUAUACAUUUCUAUGUUUUAAAUAGAUAUAAAAAAUAGAGUCUAUAGAGAGCUGGGAGAGCAACGGGAAAGCCUGUCGGGGAGCCGGGCUAAGGGGGGGGGGAGGGGCAGGAGGUGGAGCCUCUGCGGUGGGAGCUGCCUGAGCAGCAGGCAGGUGUGCAGGGCCUGGGGCCUCCUCCCCAGAGGAGGGGACAGUGACCGGCUCCCCGCCCUCUCCAUGCACUUUCUCGCCUUCCCUGCAGGCUUGGGCUGAGGCAGAAGGAGACUCGCGCUCCAGCCGCAGGGGCCCCCCAUCCCUCCUCACCCCUCCCCCGUAUUCCUCCUCACCUGUCACCCCCCCCCCCGCCCCCCGCCCCGCACCAUCCAACGCUUUGGUUGUCAGUGCCGCUUGGCACGAGGACGUGGUCUCUGGGCCCUGGUGGAGGGACCACUGCACAAUUUCUCCAAUGCCCUCCCAUCCCACACCCCUCCCCCCGGAAGGAGCAGCACUGGUGGCAAUAGGAAAGGUGCCAAUUGGACCCGGGGGUGCCCAGGGAGGAGGCCACCCUCCCCACCUUAGGUGCUUCUGCUGCCCCUUAGAGGCCAAGCCUCUGGAGGAAGGGCAGCCCAGGCUCCCUCACCCUCUCGACCACCCGCUGCCCCGGGGCGUCCCCCCCCCCCCAGGGGUGAGGCGGGCAGCAGGAGCGCCAUCCAGUGCUGCCCGCUGUGCGGGGGGGUUCUCCGGCCAGGGCAGCUGGGCACCAGAGAAAGGUGGGACAGACCUGCCCACACACUCAUAACUUCAGUGGCAACUCAAGUUCCGAAGCCGGGCUUUGGCUCAGCCCACUUUGCACAGCUGCUGCUGCUGGCCGUACUCAGGACAACGCUCCCCCCUCUCCCGCGUGGAGGUCCAACGACCCCCCGCAGCCCACCGCCACCAUAACCGGCAGGUUUAGUUCAUGUACACUAUUCUCAUUCUGUGACUCGGGGCAGAGGCGGAGCCCGGUACCCCAAGCUUAUCCGCUUCUGCUGGGGAGGAUGCCAUCCCUGGCUUGUCCUUGUUGCCACCCGAGGCGGGAAGGGCAUGUCUGGAGGCCUGCGGGCGGGGGGGGGCGGGCACUGGUGCGGCUGGCAGACCGACGGAGGGCUCCUGCGGCCCUGACUGAACCAGGAGCCCAUGUAGCUUCCAGAUUUCUCUCUACCGGUUCUCCGCCCUGCAGGUAGGAGAGGAGGGGCUGAUGGGGCCACAGGUGAUGGGAGCCAGCCCGCGUUGGCUGCAUCGGCUCCCUGGACUGGCCCGGGCCUUUCAGCUCUCCAAAGGCACUUAUCUCUGUCCCCAAGCCUCCUCUGACCCCCACGUCCUCCUCUCCUGCCAUCUACCAAUGUACCUCAGUCUCCAGCAGACCCACCCCUACACCUGUUGUCCGGGGCGGGUCUGUUCUGCCAAUGCCCACCUCUUCUCUCCUCCGCAUCUGCCUGGGUCUCCUUGAGCCACAGCUGGAUGCCAGCUGGGGCCCGGGACACCCUCCAGUGCCUCCAGAGAGACCAGGCCAGCCCCUGCCAUGGCGGUGGGUCAGACCCGUGGCCAGGGGUGGGCAUCCCAGGGGAGCAACCCACGAUGCACUGUACCUCAGAGAGAGAGAGCAUAACCUGGACCUCACGGGCACCGGGUCCCCCAUCCAGGGGAGGACAACCGGUUACAAUACCGCUCGCAAGAAGACAAGGGCCAGGCUGCCCUCGGGCACCCCUCCGUCUUCACUUUGGUCUCUGGGGAAGAGCCAGCAGUCCAAUCUGCUCUUUUUCGGGCCCUCUCUCCUUCUCUCCACCCCCACGCUGCUGAACCGGUUCAUUUCAAUCACAAAGGAAAAAUAAAGUGGGGGUGGGGGGAAAUACCUAGGAGUCUAUUAUCACAUACAUAUUAAUAUGUUAAUACUUUCUUUCUUUAAAAAAAAAAAAAAACCUCUCGAUGUUAUUAUUUUGCAGACUACGCUUUAUAGUACCUGUGUGACGGGCCUAGAACACUGGAUACAAAUAGAGCUAUGUUGGUUUAUCAUAAUAUGUACGCAGAAACUUUCCUUUUGUCAUAUUAUCCUUGUAAUGUAAGAAGAUUGUUAAUAAAAGCAUUUAAAUUUA